AAAACCCUGCCAGAAAUACCUUGACAAUCAAGUGUCCAGGAAGAACGAGGAACUGAAGGAAUUAAAUAUUAAUCAUAAACUUGUGUUUGAGAGGCUGAUGAACUAAAAUGCUAAUACUUCUCAAGGUCUCAAUGAUUUACUUCUCAGAGUUUUGAAAGCAGUGACUUCAGAGACAGUACAUGUUCUGGUCUUCACCUUCCACGGUUUUUAGAUUCUGGAAUGGUUCUGUUGAUUGGAGGAUAGGAAAUAUGACCUACUGUUUAUGAAAGGAGAGGAAGAGAUAACUGGGAACUACCAACUUGUUAGCCAAGCAGACUUGGCGUGGAUUAAUGACCCACACCCAAGUGUCCAGGGACAAUGUCUGUGAAACUGCACUUUGCCUCUCCUGCUGAUUCUAGUGGACUCAAUCGCAGCCGUUCAUUUACUGCAUUUGGAUCAAUGCCAAGCAGAAGAUCCCAGGGUUCCUUUGUUGGUAGAAGUUCUCCAUUGACAAGAAUCUCCUCAGUAAAAUCAACAAAGAAGCUUGUAACCUCACAAAAAAACUCUAGCAUCUUGGAGCCACAGCCAAUCCGUGUGGAGAAAAUAUGCAAGUCAUUGCAGAAAGGCCUAAACAACUGUCUUGAAUCACGCCAAAACGAGUUGGAUUUGCUGACCAUGCAACAGAAAGACACGAAAAGAAACUCCAGAUUGGCUUUUUUAUAUGAUCUAGAUAAGCAAAUUAGAACUACAGAGAGAUACAUCAGGAAAUUGGAAUUUCACAUCAGCAGGAUAGAAGAACUACAUGAGUCCUAUUUCAUCCAAUGGCGUCUACGCAAUGGGGCAAACAACAUGAGAAGAGCUUACUCAGUAUCACCUUCUACCAAAGGAUCACGGGAAACACUGCUGGAGAUUAAUAGGAACUACAGGUUAUGUACAGAGGAUAUGUGUGUGAUAGAGAGAACACUGGAGAUUUUCCUUGGUGAAUUUCACAUCAGAAUGAAAGGUUUGAUUGGUUUUGCUCGUUUAUGUCCAGGAGAUCACUAUGAGGUAUUGAUUAGGUAUGGUCGACAGAGAUGGAAGUUAAAAGGAAAAAUCGAUGCUGAUGACAGACAAACAUGGGAUGAAGAAGAGAUGAUCUUCAUACCUCACCUUAAUGAAGAUAUUGAAAUAAAGGUUGCUGAAAUGAAGGGGCUGAUGACUGUUUUGGUUGGAACAGUGACUUGUGAAAGUGCAGAUUUUUUCACAGCACAGCCGCAGAUAAUGAUCGUGGAUAUUACUGACCUAGGCACUAUUAAACUUCAGCUGGAAGUCACGUGGAAUCCAUUUGAUGCUGAUGAAAUAUCAGUAACCUCUGGCUCAGUAUCCAAGUUCUCUUGGCCAAGUAGAAAAGGCUCUGUGUAUAACUGGACACCUCCCAGCACCCCCAGCUUCAGGGACAAGUACUUCUCUCAGAACAUUGGACAAGAGGACAAACUGCCUGCAUUAUAUCAGGAAACAAAAGGAACUUUCAUCUUUAAUCACUCAGGAAAUUGUUUCUACAAUACACAUUUGUCAUCUGUGCCUGAAAAUGAGAAAUUUUAUAAUUAUGCAAAUAUAGAUAAACAAGGAGGCAGUGACAAUAGACAUGGUGCAUUAGAUUUCCAAGAAAAACACAGGGAAUUUUCCCAAAGCUUCCAGGGCGGUCUUUCUGCAGAAAGAACUGUGCAACCACCACAUGUAGAACCAAAAACUCCAGAUCAAAGAGAAUUUCAAAAGGAUUCACUACGAGCCAGACAAUUUCAAAGUUGUUCAGCAUUGACAGAAUCUGUUUUGUACAUGGGACCACAGCCGACGAUUCAGUGGCCUACUGGGAAACCUGCUGGACAGAAGUCAACUGGCCGAUCCUGGAGCACUGAUCUUACAGAUCCAUUAAGUUCACAGAGGUCUUCAGCAAUAUCCAGUACACGCAGAAAAAGCACUUCAGUCUGUUCUGAAAAUCUCAAGACAGAUUUCAUUUCAGUAGAUAUAGGAAACAUCCUUCAAGAAAUAUUGAUUAUUCUGAGGACAGAUCACAGAAACUAUAAAGAAUUACAAAAUCUAGAGCGACGGGUUCUGCACUUAGGAGAUAUUCUUAAGAAAGAAGUUACAGACAGCAGAAGUACAUCUACUGUCAGCCUAAGUAUUGAAACAGUCCUAGAAAGCUUCAACUUCCUAAAUGUUGACUCAGUUGAAGAUAAUCUUUCAUGCUCUGGGAGUGUUAGGAUGAAGCAUGAAAAGAAUGGCACUUACAAUAAAGGCAACAUUUGUCAGCUUACCAAGAGUGGAGAUUUAGGAAUUAAAGCAGCAGGAGCCUUUGCCCUGACCUCAAAGAACCAGUGCCUUGAUAAAAUCCUUUUAAUGCACCUGCAGAUGUGCAAGAAGCUUCUACAGAGAUUUUCAUCAGUUGAUUCUGUAUUGGUCCUUCAGAAAUGUAUAUUAGAGGAGCUCUCUCAGCAGAUCCUGGUGUUGGAAGCUCUAUCUCCAUUCUGUUAUGAGAAGUCAGAGAAUAUUAAAUCAGUGGAAGAAGUCGUUCCAAAAUCAAAGAAGAUAAAGUCAGUCCUGUCAUUUUGGGGUAAAUGCACAGAGGGAGAAUGUAUUUUACAUUUAUCAGCUGAACAGUUCCUCACACAGCUAAGAAAUUGUUAUACACAGAAAGUGGCUGCAAAAUACCCAGGACAGACAGAGAGAGUAUUCAGAACACUUCUGCACCAGAUUGUCAGCUGUUGUGAAUUACUGCCUUGCCCUAAUGUCUCAGAGGAAUUGGUGACAGUCUUCCAGUUUUUCAACUAUGUUAAAAAGUACAAUAUUACUCAACUUGGAACUCAUUUGACCAGCCUUGCAAAGGAAGUAUUUCUACCUGAAGCACUACAUUCUGCACACAAAGUUAAGGCACUGAAAAAGUUAAAAGAAAAGCUUGUUUCGGAACUGCAACCUCUGCGUCAAACAUUACAGUCCAUCAGUAUUCUUCAGUUGGAUGAGAACCCCAAAGUUGCUCAAGCUGCAACGUCCUUUCUUCGUAGUGCUUUAGCAAACAACAUAUUUAGAACAAAGGCUUUGGCCUACUACACAGAAAUUUUGCAAGAAAGAGACAUACAACACCAAAGAGCUGCCUGCAUGGCACUUAAGCAGCUGAAGGCUGUGGAAAGCAUUGAACAGAUCGCCAGUUUAUGUCACUCCCAAGCAGCACAAGUUCACAAUGCAGCAAGAGAAACCCUCCUCUCAUUUGGUGAAAGAGGUCGUUUAGCCUAUGAGGUGGCUGACAGACUUUGGUAUGAAGGCAUGAAGCAAAAUUCAACUACCCAAAUUACUAUUCUCUGAACAAUGAAUUUAAAAAACCUUGUCAAUAUCCUUGUUUAGUAACUGUGCUUAUACAGUGAUUAUAUUGUACAAAGAUUUUAUUGUGGUUAUUCAAAGGUCCAGGAUAUUGAUGUGCAAGAAAAUGGCUAUAUUUAGAUCACAUGAAAAAGCUGGACUUCCUUUUACUAUUGAUCAAACUUGCAAAUAUUCUGUAAACUAUAUAAGUUUUAGAUUCUUUAAUAAAUGUUUGAAUUAUUUGGAAUAAACUAUUAUAAUUUUGUGACCACAGUUGCAUGAAGUACAAUCACAAGGGCAGAUGAUAUUACCAAACUGCCUUGCUAGUUGCAAAUUAAUUUAUUCAGUUAAAACAUUUUUGGAUUUCAGUGCACAAAGUGACCAGGACACGACAUUGUACUGACACAUUGAUGGUUUUGCUGUGUUGACUGAAAAUGUCCACAUUGCAAGUUUAUAGUCCCAACAUGUAGAGAUCUUUAAAUUUUCCAUUAGAAAAAAUGAAAAUAGGGAAGUGAAAAAAAGAACAAGUCUCAACAUGAAGUAGGACCCCACUCUGGUUUAGAUUCAUCUAUAAAUAUUUGUCAUCCACAUCCUUCAACGUUGUUAUUCAACUGAAUUGAGAACUGAGGCUUAGACCUUGUAUCUUGGUCUAGCAGCCAAUAAUACCACAGCAUAUUCUGCAGAAACCUUAGCAUCAACUUUUCUGGCCUGAACAGCAUAAAAACUACUUUGAUUUGGAUCAAGGCCUGUGUGUAAAUUUUAUAUUUUUCUAUGCAAAAUUUUACUAGCAUUAAUCAUCAUUUAUGGAGUUACAAAAAGGACUGAAAAAUUUCCAAAAGGAUUGGCAAAAUUUGAAGGCAAUACAAUUUCCUUUUAAGAUUUUUUUUUAAACACAAAACUUCAUUAUAGUUAAGGCCAGAAAUUCAAAGUUUCAAAUAUCUAAAAUUGUUAGUUUUAUGAAAUCUUUUUGUAAUUAGGUUUUUUCUGCCACCCCCCCUCCCCCAUAUAAAUAGCAGUGGCAGGCAGGAUGAAAAUAUUUAGUAAUGGGUUUUUGAUAUCUGGACAAUCUUGAUUCUUACAUUACUA